UUAGCCUCUGUUAAGUUGACGAUUUUCUAAAAUAUUUAUACGAUUUAUACAUAAUUUAUGAAGCAAAUAAAUGGAGUAAUUACUGUAGUUUUUUACAUUAUGGAUCGCUUGUGUUUUUAAACAAAGAAUCAUAAAAAAUUUGCUGAUAUUAAAGAAAAUGUGCUUUAUAUAUUCAAAAUACAGUGAAUUUAUAGGUUAUGUUUCUUUAAAUUCAAACUUAUUUUGAUCAUAUUUCAUGUGAUUCUUGAAAAAAGGGACGAAAAACCAUCUUCAGUAAUGGAUGAAAAAAAUUCUAUGGAGGAAAUCACGGAAAAUGGUGUCAAAUCGGAAAAUAUUUCCCUACAACAAGAGAAUGAAGAAAAUUCCCCGUUGAUUGCAGAAAUGUUGGACCAUUUAGCAAAAUCCAAAGCCUUCUUUAAAUCGGAACAAAAAACCGAUCCAGAAUUAUCAUUUGACGAAAAACGAAAUGUAGCAUCGAAUCUCCUAAAGAAGAAUCCCUCACAAUUUUUAUCAAGAUUCGGUCACUUUUUAAAAAAAGAACAUUUGGAUUAUUUUACCAAACUCAGUGAUAACAAUUAUGAAUUAUCGUUUCACAUAAACCGGUUAAGGAGAAAUUUCCAAUUGACAUCGAAGGGAAAAACAAAAAUGGAAAUUGACGUGAAAAAUCGUAGAUUCGAAGCACUAAAAUCCCUAAUUGACAAGGGUCAAUAUUUCAGUGAAACCGAAAUGAUGAAACGAAAUCCCCUUCUCUAUGAGCAUCUGAUAGGAAAAUAUUUGACGGAAGAUGAAAAGAAAGCUCGUGACAAUAUUGAUACACAAAAUAUUACUUUCGUCAAUUUAUUAAUGGAGAGUAUCGAUAGAAAUAUUGUUAGAAGUUUCAAGCAAGAUCAACAGGAUGCUGAGAAUGACGUUGAGGAGGAAUGUGACUCGGAUGAGGAGAGUGAAGAAGAAAAAGAAAAAGAAGAAGAAGACGAUGAGGAUAAGUGCAAAAAGACAACAAAGACAGAGGACAAAAAAUGGGGCGAAAUGUCACAUCCAAAGGACAUGUACGAGGCCGAGGAACAUGAGAGGCAACGAGACUUAUUUUGGUACCAUAUUCCUCAAAAGGAACAACAAAUGUUACGACAAGAAUUCAUCACGAAUAUGUAUCAAAGUUUCCUAGAUGGCCGAGAUAUUGAUUUCGAUUACAGUACCGUUGAUGAGAAUGAAGCCUACGAUAAUGUUGAAUUAAGAACACAAGACGAGGAGGAAAAGUAUUUCGAUUCAGAAUCGCCAGAAAUAAUUGCUAAUGAAAAAGCAAUGGAUGAAGAUGAAUCCGAGGAUGAACUUGACGCCUACAUGAAGACUCUAGAGGGAAGUUCGACAAAUCAAGUUGACCUGGAAACUGAUUUGAAAAAGAAAUAGUUUAUAAGUUUGCUGUUAAUGUUCGGAAAUUAGGAAAAUAAAUGCUAUUUUGUAUAUUUA